AUGACUGAAUGUAAAAUCGUUGUUCUAUACGUCAUCUUCUAUUGGACGGUGAAAUAUAGUGAUGCUGUAUUUCACCGAUCACCAUCUCUCGGUUGUGAACAUUAUCUUGAUGACUAUGAAAUUCUCAAACAAUUUCCGUUUCCCGUUUUAAUUAAUCCAGAAACAAUUCAUACGAAUGAAAGUAUUGCUACUAUGUAUCCGACAGAACGUGUUGUCAAUUCACUGACGCUCGUCGAGCCAAAUGGUGUUGUUCCUGAGAGUAUCUUCUGCUUGAAAGAACUUAAAUAUUUAAUCAUCAAAAAUAUGGUCUUCAGCGAUGGUAUAGUUCCGGAUAGUCUGGCAGAUCUACAAAUAUUACAACGUCUUGAAAUAAUCAACACGACGAUUACUAAGAUGACGAAUCAAUUAACGGUUUUAAAACAUCUCUAUUGGUUAAUCUUGGUCAACUGUUCACUUCCGCAAUUACCUAAUCUGAGUAAUUUGUCGAAUGUCUGGCAUAUUGAACUUGAUCGCAAUCAUCUAUCGAAACUUGAUGGAUUAGACGGGGACAUUCUCAGUUUGUCACUCUCGAACAAUCUCUUCUCUGAAAUACCGACUGUAAAAAUCCCCGCAUACGUCGAAGAACUUACCAUGAAUAAUAAUCCUUUACGAAAUAUCAUCAAACUUGAUUCGUUUAUCAACUUAGAGCGAGUUGAUCUUCACAAUACAACUCUCACCUCCAUUCCACCGACGAUUAACAAACUGCAAAAACUUGAGCGUCUUGAUUUAUCUUACAACGACUUAUUUUAUCUACCAUUCAAUAUUCUCGAAUUAAAUAAACUUAACACACUCUUCGUUAAUAACAAUUCAUUCUCCGAUCAAGAAAUUGAAACAAUCAAAACGUAUUUUAAUAUGAGUCAUCCAAAUAUCACUCUGUGUAUUUAA